AUGUACAACAAAUAUCUUCUACUUAUUGGUUUUAUAACUAUCAUGCAUAUAUCAACAACAAAUGGUAAUGCUACCUGCUUAUGUUACUGUUGCACUGUUGCAGAUUGUAUACCAAUAUAUCGAGGUACAGUCGACAUUUUGUCGUGUGAUGGAUUCAGUUGUUAUGAUAGGUGUGAGAAGGUAUUUCCAUUUGCAUGUGAUCGCUCUAAGGCAGGUGAAGUUGAUGCUCGUUGUACAGAGAUAAUCACAACAACCCUCACGACUUCAUCAAGUUCAACAACUACAUCUACUACAUUAGAAACAACAACCGUCACUACUCCUACUGAAAAUACAACAGCUACAGUUACUACUACCAUAACUCCUACGACUGCAACGGUUACAGUAUCUACUACUAAUAGUCCUCAAACUUCACCAUCAUCAACAUUUACAACUACACAAGCAUCAACGCUUUCAACAACACCAACACAACCUCCAAUAACUACUUCUAAAAAUCAUGGUGGUGCUUCUAUUCUUCGAGAAAGUCCAUCAUUUAUUGUGUUAAUUGUUACAUCAAUUCUUCUUAUUAUUAAAGCCAUUCUUUAA